AACACGUUCUUACCUUCAUGGUCCGUUCAAUUAAGAUAAAAACGUAAGCAAAACCAAAAGCAAACAACAAUGGCGAACCCUGAAGGCAGUAGCAGAGGCUCUAGAUGGUCCCUUAAGGGAACCACUGCUCUCGUUACUGGAGGAACGCGUGGAAUUGGGCACGCUGUGGUGGAGGAACUAGCGGAGUUUGGUGCCACAGUGUACACUUGUUCGAGGAAUGAAGAAGAGCUGAAUGCAUGCUUGAAGGAGUGGAAAGAGAAGGGAUUUUCGGUUUCUGGGUUGGUUUGUGAUGCGUCUUCUCCACCCCAUAGAGAGAACCUCAUUCAACAAGUGGCCUCUGCUUUCAACGGCAAGCUCAACAUACUUGUAAACAAUGUUGGAACAAAUGUGAGGAAGCCGACAAUUGAGUAUACAGCCGAAGAAUAUUCAAAAUUGAUGGCAACUAACUUGGACUCCGCAUACCAUUUGUGCCAACUUGCAUAUCCUCUUCUUAAAGCAUCUGGAAAUGGAAGUAUUGUGUCCAUUUCCUCUGUUGCAAGUCAGACAAGCGUAGGUUCUGGAGCCAUUUACGCAGCAACUAAAGCUGCUAUUGAUCAGCUUACCAAAUAUUUUGCUUGUGAAUGGGCAAAAGACAAUAUAAGGAGCAACGGUGUUGCACCCUGUUGCUUGCGAACAAACAGCUUGUUAGUGAGAUAAUAUCUCGAACGCCGAUAAAGCGGAUGGCAGAAACACAUGAAGUUUCAUCCUUGGUGACUUUCCUUUGCCUGCCAGCAGCAUCCUACAUCACUGGACAGAUUGUUUCAGUUGAUGGAGGAUUCACUGCUAAUGGAUUUCAACCCAGCAUGAGAAUUUCUUAAAGCAAAAUGGCCAUUUUUAUUGUUGGAUUGUGUGAACAAAGUGGUGGCCACUUGAGUUUUGGACCAUCUAUGAUCAACUUGUUUUGAUUGGUCAAUAAAUUAUUUUAGUAUUUUAGAAAUUUGCAUUGUCAUUUUCAACGGCUAUCAUUGUGAGAUGAUGGGUGCUCUUGGAACACAUUACACAUUUCCCUCACCUCUUACCAUCAUUCAACAUAUCUCUUACUCCCUCCAUCCCUAUUACAAGACAUUUUUUA